AUGAUGACUAUUCCUGGCCUUUCGCUUUUCUACGCUGGUCUGGUUAGAAGCAAGAACGUUCUAUCCAUUCUCAUGCAGUGUUUCACCAUUACUUGCGUGGUGAGCGUUGUUUGGCUUGUUGCGGGUUACUCCCUUGCAUUUGACGACCUUGGCAAUGGAAUCAUUGGUGGAUUGGGUAAAGCGCUAUUCGCCGGUGUACUGGAAGAAAGCAUGUCCGGCGAUGUUCCAGAAUCUGCAUUCGCCCUGUUUCAGGUUACGUUCGCGAUUAUUACAGUUGCACUCAUCAUUGGUGGAUUUGCAGAGCGUAUCAAAUUCGGCGCGGUCGUAAUUUUUUCAAUUUUAUGGAUCAUAUUUGUAUACGCACCGAUUGCUCACUGGGUAUGGGGUGGCGGAUGGCUCGGUUCGCUUGGCGUACUUGACUUUGCCGGUGGAAACGUCGUUCACAUCACAGCAGGGGUCUCUGCACUUGUUGGAGCCUGUGUACUGGGAAACCGCAAAGGUUUUCCAAGCGGAACCAUGCUCCCGCACAACAUGACACUGACCAUGAUCGGUGCCGGACUCCUGUGGGUUGGUUGGUUCGGAUUUAACGGAGGCAGCGCAGUUGCCGCAAAUCAGGAUGCAGCCAUGGCAAUGCUCGUUACCCACAUUUGUGCGGCAUCUGCAGCAAUGGCAUUUGUAGUCACCGAAUAUUUCGUAAGGAAAUCAGCCACUGCGUUAGCAGCAGCGACGGGUAUGGUUGCCGGACUGGUAGCCAUAACUCCAGCAUCAGGAUUUGUCGGGCCAGCCGGAGCUCUGAUCAUUGGAAUCAUCACCGGCCCGAUUUCAUACUUCGGAGUUCAAAUUGUCAAACAGCGGCUGAAACUGGAUGAUUCCCUGGAUGUAUUCCCUGUUCACGGAAUUGCUGGUAUUGUCGGAACCAUUCUUACCGGUAUAUUUGCAUCAGCUGAACUUGGAAUCUUCAGUGGACAGGGAAUGGACAAUCCGAUUGGCUCGCAGAUAUUCAUUCAGCUCAUAGGAGUCGCCGCAACAGUCGUGUAUACGGCCAUCGCCACCUUCAUCGUGUUCAAAGUCACCGGGCUUCUCAUAGGCGGCCUGAGGGUGGAUGAGGAGAGCGAAGUGCAAGGCCUCGACGUAUCAACGCACGAUGAGCGAGGCUACCACUUCUGA